UUUUCAGAUCCGAGCUUCCGGGAGAACUUACCGGGGCAGGUGCGGGCGCCGGCGGUGUUCAAGUGCGUAAGAGUUACAUCCAUCGAUGACGGAGAAGAUGAAUAUGCUUAUCAUGCGAAGGUGAAUAUUGGAGGCCAUGUUUUUAAGGGAUUUCUUUAUAACCAAGGCUUUGAUGAAGGAAUUAAUACCGACCUCACCGGAAUCUCUACCGCCAUUAAUGUUGAUAAUGAUGUAAAAAAUACGAGCAGCACUAUUCCCAACUUCUCGGAGCUGCAUCUUGGUAGCGGAGGUGUACGGAACGCAGCUCGCUCCGACAUCUACAGCUUGGGAGGACUGCUGGGUGGAGCAUCGUUCGGUAAUGCAAUAAACUGAACUCUCUU